AAGGUAUUUAUGGUCACACUGGGGAAAAAAUUAUUGGAAAUUAGCAACGUUUAUCAGUUCAUUUACAUGCACUUACUGUAGAUAUUAAUUGACUGGUCGUUGUACGCGCUAACAGCCAGGUCCUUUGAAGAGUACAGCGCACAUCGUACCAGCGCUCCUGAUGAAGGUGUGUAGGUCAUACUUUGAGAGCCCUGUAAGACGCCAUGUCUGAAGAGGCGAUUUCAGAAAGUGACCUGGAGCCCAGCCUUAACAGUGAAGAGGAGUAUUUGGACAAUGAGGAAGAGGAGGAUAAUGAGGAAAUGGAGGAAGAUGAGGAUGAAAAUGAUGGAGAUGAUGAAGAUGACAGUGUUGAUCGACCCACUAGUGCCCAGGAUGGCAGGGACUCCACCUCAGCUACCUCCGGAGAGCCUUCCUCUGAUCCUCCGUCUCGACCCGCAUCCCGCCCGUCCUCCGGGCCUCCCUCCAGACCUGCCUCUCGCUCUCAGCUUCCAGCUAGCCCGGAGCACUCAAGCCAGAGCAAGCCACCUUCCACCAAAACCAAGAAACAAAAAGCCUCUAAAUUAACCAAAUCCUCCAAGUCUUCAAAAGGCUCCAAACCUUCCAAGCCAUCUAAGCCUGCACACAUGAGGAAAAACAUUAGAAAGCUGCUGAAGGAGGAUCAGCUGGAGGCUGGGACCAAGGCUGCUCAGCAGGAGGAGAUGGAGAGGCGGAAACGUCUUGAGCAGCAGAGGAAGGACUUUCCUACACCAGCUCCAGCUGUCCCAGACUCUCAACUAGUAGACACUGCUUCAAUUUUAGGAGAAGUGUCUCACUUGGUCCCUGCUCUGCUGACCAAGCAAGAUGUGAUCUGUCUGGACAGCAGCGGUGACGAAGAUGAAAAAGUGGAGCCCAAGUUGCCUGCACUUGCUAUUAGAGAUGAUGUAAUCGAGCUCAGUUCUGGGGAUGAGGACGCCCUGCAGAUAAGCAGCGAGUCGGCAGACGAGGACGCUGACGGCACCGCCGGCUCAGAGGAGAGCAGCGGGGCGCACAUCAACGACGCUUUGAACCUGCCUGACGCCCAGGGUCGAGUGCUGGUUAAUAUCAACCACCCUGCGGAGGAAAAAGACAUUUAUCUUGCUCCACAGCUGGCCAGAGCUGUCAAACCUCACCAGAUCGGGGGAAUCCGGUUUCUCUAUGAUAACCUCAUUGAGUCUCUGGAGCGGUAUAAGACAAGCAGUGGCUUUGGCUGCAUCCUUGCCCACAGCAUGGGACUGGGCAAAACACUGCAGGUCAUUUCCUUCAUUGACAUCCUGCUGAGGAAUACAGAGGCCCACACUGUGCUGGCUAUUGUCCCUGUGAACACACUCCAGAACUGGCUGACCGAGUUUAACCUCUGGCUCCCACCUCAAGAAGCCCUCUCCCCCGACACUGACCCUAUACUCGUCACCGGCCGUGCAUUCAAAGUUCACAUCCUCAACGAUGAGCACAAAACGACACUGGCCAGGGCCAAGGUCGUGGAGGACUGGUCCAGAGACGGCGGCGUGUUGCUCAUGGGUUAUGAGAUGUACCGCCUGCUGUCCAUGAAGAAGAGCUUCGUUAUGGGCAAGAAGAGGAAAUCAAAAAAGCCCGCGGGACCAAUCAUCAUUGACCUGGAUGAGGAAGAUAGACAGCAGGAACUCAUGAAAGGUAUUGAAAAGGCCAUUGCACGGCCUGGCCCAGACGUGGUGAUCUGUGAUGAGGGUCAUCGCAUUAAGAACUACCAUGCCAGCACAUCUCAGGCCCUGAAGAACAUCCGCUCCCGGCGCAGAGUGGUCCUGACAGGAUACCCGUUGCAGAACAACCUCAUUGAGUACUGGUGCAUGGUGGACUUUGUUAGGCCCGACUUUUUAGGCACGCGGCAAGAGUUCAGCAACAUGUUUGAGCGUCCCAUUCUGAACGGGCAGUGCAUGGACAGCACGCCUCAAGAUGUCCGUCUCAUGCGGUACCGCAGCCACGUGUUGCACAGCCUGCUGGAGGGAUUUGUCCAGAGACGGGGUCAUGAUGUGCUGCGGGACCAACUUCCCACCAAGGAGGAGCAUGUCAUCUUAGUGCGACUCUCUCCCAUUCAGAGGGCGCUGUAUACCGAGUUUAUGAAACGCUUCAGAGAAGCAGGAAACAGCGGUUGGCUCGGUCUAAACCCACUCAAAGCCUUCUGUGUAUGCUGCAAGAUCUGGAAUCAUCCAGAUGUCCUUUAUGAAGCCCUGCAGAAGGAGAAUCAAGCCAAUGAGCAAGACCUGGACCUGGAUGACAUCACUUCAGCUAGUAACCCGCGCUGCCCUGCACCUGGUGCUGGCCUCAAAGCAAAAGUAGCCGACUCAAGUAACAGCAAAGUUAACAACACCUUACCACCACUCAAUCCUUCCCAAGAUAGAGCCAACCAAGUCAUCACAUAUGAAUGGGCAAAGGACAUAAUGUCAAAUUACCAGACAGGAGUUCUCCAAAACUCUGCUAAGAUGGUUCUGCUCUUUCAUUUGAUUGAUGAGAGUGUGAGAAGAGGAGACAAGAUUUUGGUGUUUAGUCAAAGCUUGUCAACGCUGAGCGUCAUUGAGGACUUCUUAUCAAAGAGACCCAUGCCAACAGGCGUCGCCUCCUCUGACACCCAGAGCCAAAACUGGGUUCGCAACCUCAAUUACUACAGACUGGAUGGGAGUACAUCUGCCUCCGAAAGAGAGCGACUUAUCAAUCAGUUCAAUGACCCAGAGAACAACGCAACAUGGGUCUUCCUACUGUCCACCAGAGCGGGCUGCUUAGGCGUAAAUCUAAUUGGGGCCAACCGUGUCGUCGUGUUUGAUGCCUCCUGGAACCCCUGUCAUGAUGCCCAGGCAGUGUGUAGGGUGUACCGGUAUGGUCAAAGGAAACCGUGCUACAUUUACCGCCUUGUUUGUGAUUUCACCUUGGAGAAGAAGAUCUAUGACAGACAGGUCUCCAAACAGGGCAUGUCUGAUCGUGUGGUUGAUGACUUGAACCCAGUGCUGAACUUUACUCGUAAAGAAGUGGAGUCACUGCUGCACUUUGUGGAGGAGGAGCAAGAAAUCGACAAAAUGUCUCUGGGAUCCCGGGACAACUUUGAGGUUGUGAUAUACCAAGCCUGUCAGUUGUACCCACACCUCAUCACCAAGCAACCUUUCCAACAUGAGUCUCUGCUGGUGGACCGGAAGGAGUCGAAACUGACCAAAGCAGAGAAAAGAGCCGCCAAGAAGAGCUACGAGGACGAGAAACGAGCCUCCGUACCCUACUCUCGCCCAUCGUACGCCCCCUAUUAUCCAACCAGUGAUCAGACGCUCACAAACAUACCAGCAUUUAACCAGCGAGGCUGGCGUCCCAUGGCGAGGCCGGAUGACAAGCCGGUGGCGAGUGUCAGGCCCAUCCAGUCGACCCCAAUCCCCAUGAUGCCUCGCCAGGUCGGCAUGGGCAUGGCCGGCUCCAGCUCUGCUGGCAGCCUGCCCGUCAACUUCCUGCAGAAAGCAGGAGUCUACGUGCAGAGGAUUGUCACCACAACUGAUAUUGUUAUCCCAGGAGCCAACAGUGCAACAGAUGUUCAAGCUCGAAUUAGCGCAGGAGAAAGCAUCCAUGUUAUCAGAGGAUCCAAAGGUACCUACAUCAGGACAAAUGACGGAAGAAUUUUUGCUAUUCGCUCUGGAAAGAUCAGUAGACCAGCAGCUGGGGGCUCUGCUCCUUCAAGGGACACCCAAGGUUCACUGAUGCAUCCAGUCAGUAAUGGCUGUUCAUCCCCUGUGGAUCAACAGCAGCGCUCUCCCAACGGGGAACAGCGUCCCUCCUCUCCUUUAAGCUCUGAGAUUCUCAGAGAACUCAGCCGCUACGCUUCAUCCACAGGUGAUGCAGCUGCCAGCAUGGGGAAUGAAUUGCCGUCUCCCCCGGAUGUGUCGUCUGUGCCAGCAGGGGACGGGGGCGGCUCACAAAACAGUCAGACUGGUGAUCUCAGCAGGCAACUCAGUGACGACCUCCUCAGCUCAGCACUAGAGAUGCAUGGCACCAAACGCAAGAGUACUGAAAGUCAGGGAAACGUAGGCAAACGCACUUCUGCUGCAGCACGUUUUCCUGGACUGCCCAUGGGCUCCAGCGGGCUCAGUUUUCCUCCUGUGGGUUUGAACUCUUCCUCCCUACUGGGGAACUUAGGGCACAUGAGUCACCCACUUCUAAUGGGUGGCAGCGGUGGGUCAUCAUUCCUUCAGCCACCUGGACAAACACUGGCUGACCUACAGACCAUGUUCCCCUCUGCAGGCUCAGACCUACUGAGACAGUCUGCCACGGGGAAUGGACACCUUCCCACCCCCUCCUCGUCCUCUCUGUCCACUGUCUUCUCCUCCACCUCCACCACAAUCCCUAUGUCGUCCACGCCCUCGGCAGCAACUUCUUCCUCCUUGGCGCCGGGUUCCCUGCCUCCGUAUUUGAUGAACCCCAACAUGGCGGGCCUGCUUUCAUCAGGCUUCCCCCUCAACUACAGUCAGUCGCUGCUCUCUGAGCCGAGGAUGUUCCCCACCUCCCUCCUCCCUGGGUCAGGGGGGUUCCCCGCGCCCAACUCCACCUCUACCACAUCCAGCUUCCUCUCUCAUUACAACAAUCCCACCUCCAGCCUGUUGGGGGCAGCUCUGACCCAACCGGACAGACAUCAGAGUGCGGAGAAUGGCGGCAGUAGCUCUGAUGACGAUGUUAUAGAGGUAACAGGACAGUAGAGCCUCAUGAAGUCAUGGAGAGGCAGUUUCACACACAAUCUUGUUAACCAUGGUGUUAACAUAAAGUACAUUAGGGAUGGGAAUGAUGAGAUGUUUACAUGACCAGAUGAACUCAAUUAAUUAAUUCCGUUGUAGUAUCUACUCUAACACAUAAACUGAUGAAUUAUGGCCGGAGACCUUGUUAUAUUCUAAAUGUGUGAGCACAUCAGAGUGCAAGUGACACAUUUUUAAAAAAGCAAAAUAAAUAACUUUUCAGGAGCCAAAAAUUUUAUGUUAAUCCUGAAGUCAUACAAUGAACUUGGCAAAGGCUGUGAUUAGGUUAUAUGUGGUUUUAGCCUUGUGCCAUUUUAACAGUUUCCGUUAAUUUACAUGAUCAUCAGUAAAAUAAAAUUCCCAUUCCUAAUGGUCUCAUUAAAUUUCUCACACACACACACACACACACACACACACACAGACUCUCACCUGCAAAUGAGAGAAUCAACUUGUACCUUAAUGACUUUACAGAGUCAGAGUAACAAAUCCUAAUGCUGAAUAUCCCAGACUUGUUCAGCUGGAGCAUCAGAGCAGUGGGAACAGACGUUGUCGUACGGGGACCAGCUGUAACUUUCGGGGGAGGCUCUCAAAGCACAGCCUCUCAUGUUACAUUUGUAAGGAAGGCCUCCGCCGCCGUGCAGGUAGUUUUAUUCCCUCCGAAUUCAGAUGGAAUAAUGUGAUUAAAACUGCUUCAUGUUGGAUUUUCUCAUGAUAUAUUGCUGUGAAGCACUUGAGUGCAUUGAAAUUUUACUUUCUGUCAAACGAGGCAGACGUACUCGCCUGCUGAACACUAAUUUGUUCUUUUCAGUUUCCUUUUCUAGCAAACAAAACUGAAAAGCUAUCACAGUAAGUUACAGUGGCUACAGAACAUGGCGAUAAUAUUUGUCAGAACAAUAUAUUUAGAGAAAAUCCUUCAAGACUUACCUUUAAUGAAAGAAAUUUUAGGCUUUCAGAGCAUAUUUUAGUCUUUAGAAAUUUGAUAGACAUCGUAGCAUCCCCUGUUGAAAAGAUAUGUGUGAUACUAUAACUGAACAUGUUGAUACUUUGUAUAUAGCAGUCAUUAUCAUUGUUUAUAUUGCAAGUCAAUACUGUGCAGUGUGUAGAUUUUGGUCAUAGGGAGAUGGUUUAUUAUUACAAUGACUAUCAUGACGACAAACACACCCUGGCAUAAAUGCUGGGGAAACAAAUUUCUGUUCAACUUUAUAAUUUUCUUUUUUUUUCUCCUUAAAACUAAAAUGAAUGUACUUUCCUGUUAGCCUUUGAUAACACAGGGGCUGGGACAUGGAUUCGGACUGUGUUCUUUCAUUUUUAGCCUUAAAUAACACAAAGGGGUCUUGAGUCUUAGCAUUUAUCUUAGUAUAUCCUUUUUACAAGUCUGUUGGAAGAACUACUGAGCACGUAGACAGUCGGUGUCAAACUCAAAACACAAGUUUAGGGCAGAUUCAGCAUCGCGACUAAAAGCACCAAGUGUGAAAGCCAAAAGGAGCGCUAACCAAGAUACAGUGUUGCUAGCUCAUUUCCAAAAGCUUGUCACCGCUCUUUUGUUGCAGUUUUCCCCACCAUCUGUUGAUACACGAGCACCAAGUCAACCUACAUGUUAUGUGUAGUUUUGACGAUCAUAAUUCUCUUAUGGAUCAUUUUCAGAAACUCUUUGAGAACAAAUAUUACCUAAACUGUAGAAACCAUUGCAUUCGUACAGCCUGAGUGUGUAAAACCUUAAGUCAAUGUAGCCACCAACCAUCAGAUCUGAUAUACAUAUGUCAUUUCAUUACAACCACCAGUGACUUUGGCAGAACCGUGUCAGGUGGUGUGGUGGCCUUACCAAACUGACAGUGCCAUUAUAUGGUAGCGUUUCACCUAAAUGCAGUGCAGUGUAAGUAGCUUCUAUCAGUAGUGUCAGUCAGUGUAGAUCUGCGGUGCUUUAGGGAGUUUAGGUCUUUGCUGUUCUCUGUAGCCUUGUGUUUCUGUGUUGUGAUGACACCUCAAGGUAUUUAGAUUUAGGAAAGUCCCUUUCCUCCGUCGGUAACAUAGGCUAGAUGCAGUGGUUGUUAGCCUUUAAAAAACACUGGAUAACCUGAGACAACAGAUCAUUCCCUAUGAAGACACAUUUUUUAGAGAUGUUUGCUUGUGGGGACCUUUUGCCCCCGCAAUCUGAGUACUGUUCACUUUUUGUUUGCUACUGGCUCCUUCCCUGUCAUUCUAGAUGCUUCAUUUCUAUCAUCAGACGUCUCCAGUUUUCUUGAGCAUGUCUUGGGAACUUGUGAUUUGGUUUGUUUCAGAUUUGAAGGUAGAGCUGGCACUUUGAAAAAGGAUCAUAUCUGCCUGAGAACUGUACAAGGUACAUUUUACUGACCCCAUGUCUUUAUUCUCAGUCUUCUCAGUCUGUUGGAAACACUUCACAUUUGAAUCUUGGGAACCAUCAGUAUAUUAACAAAAAAAUCCCUGUCUGCCAGUCUUGUUAAUUACGUGCAUUUUUAUGUUUCAUGGGGAUAUUUUCGUUUUUAAAAAAUGUUUUUUAUAACUUCUUAUUGGUGUUCACUCACCUGGCAGUUGUUUCCCUUAUUUCAAUGUAAGUGUCUGAAAUUUAUUUAUUUAUGAUGGAAAAUAUGUUUUUUUUUUUGUAAUUGCAUUUUUUUAACCUUUUGUUCACUUUGACCCAUUGACGGCUGAUCCAGUAAGAAUUUCGUAUAUGCAGCCUAGAUUGAAGCAGAAUAUGACUGUGUUAUCAAUGUUAUUUUAACAAUAAAACACUCUUCUAUUGCAGUGUG